AUGCAGUCGUCGCUCGCCACCGGGAGGGCGCCCACGCUCGGGCGCGCCCGCGUCGCGCCGUCCGCAUCCUCCCGCUCCAACCUCGGCGCGGGUCGCGCGAUGUGCGGCUUCGGGUCCGAAUCGUUGCGCGGGUCCGGGCGGGCGGCCGGCGUGACGCUCCCGCGUCGCCGCGCCGCGACGCCGUGCCGCGCCAAGACCCUCGAGGAGCGCAUCGCGUCCGGGGAGUUCACCAAGCCGCGCUCCUCGCCCGCCGAGGACCUGCUCAACGGCUUCCGCGGGUUGAUUAGGAACGUCGACAACCCCCAAGCGCGAGGACUCUCCGUGUCCCUCGCCAAGCUCUCCCGCAAGUGGAGGAACGAGUCAAUGAGCCGCAUGCCCGUCGCGGCGGGUGACAUUCGCGAGAUCGCCGGCCAGCCCGUGUUUGUCCCUCUGUACAAGCUCUUCCUCGCGUACGGCGAGAUGUUCAUCCUCGCCAUCGGGCCGAAGAAGUUCGUCGUCGUGUCGGACAACGAGGUGGCGAAGGAGAUGCUGCUGACGCAGGCCAACUCCUUCAGCAAGGGCUUGCUGUCCGAGAUUCUCGACUUCGUCAUGGGCACCGGCCUCAUUCCCGCCAACGGCGAGACGUGGAAGAUUCGGAGGCGAACCGUGGUGCCGAGUCUGCACAAAAAGUACGUGGCGUCGAUGGUGGACAUGUUCGGAGACUGCGGCGUGCACGGUAGCGCGCAGCUCGCCAAAUCCGAGCGCGAGGGUAAGACGGUGGAGAUGGAGAACUUCUACUCCCGUCUGGCGCUGGACAUCAUCGGCAAAGCCGUGUUCAACUACGACUUUGACUCGCUCAAGAAGGAUGACCCGGUGAUCAAGGCUGUGUACACCGUGCUUCGCGAGGCUGAGUACCGAUCGGUGACGUUCAUCCCGUACUGGAAGGUCCCGCCGCUCCGGUGGCUCGUGCCGAGGCAGAAGGCGUGCCAAGAAGCGCUCGUCGUCGUCAACGACACUCUCAACAUGCUCAUCGAGCGCACCAAGAAGAUUGUGGAGGACUCAGACGAGGAAUUCGUCGAGGAGUACCUCAGCGGCGACGAUCCGUCCAUCCUCAACUUUCUCAUCGCCUCCGGGGACGAUGUGACGUCCAAGCAGCUCAGGGACGACCUCAUGACGCUGCUCAUCGCGGGGCACGAGACCACGGCGGCUGUGCUGACGUGGACGACCUACCUACUCGCCACGCACCCGGAGCAGAUGCGGAAGGUUCAGGAGGAGGUUGACCGCGUCGUCGGCGACAGGCGGCCGACGAUCCAGGACAUGAUGGAGCUCAAGUACACCACCCGCGUGAUCAACGAGUCCAUGCGGCUCUACCCGCAGCCCCCGGUGCUGAUCCGACGGGCGCUGGAGCCCGUGACCCUGGACGGGUACAAGAUUGAGACGGGGACGGAUUUCUUCAUCUCCGUCUGGAACCUGCAUCGCAACCCUCGCCUCUGGCCGGAGCCCGACAAGUUCAUCCCCGAGCGCUUCCCGCUGGACCAGAAGAUGCCCAACGAGGUCACCGAGAACUUCGCGUACCUCCCCUUCGGCGGCGGUCAGCGCAAGUGCGUCGGCGAUCAGUUUGCGCUCUUCGAGUCCAUCAUCACCCUGGCGAUGGUCUGCCGCAGGUUCGACAUCGACCUGGAUCCCGCGUUCCAUCCCGACGGCGAGUGCGGCAUGACCACGGGCGCGACGAUUCACACCACCGGCGGGCUGCACGUGAAGCUCACGCGCCGUGCCGGCAUGGGCGGCGACGAGAUGGGUUACGACGAGACCACCCGCUCGCUCGACGAGCUCGAGGACGUCAACACGCGGGGCGGGACGCCCGAGGCGGCCGUCGGCUCCUUCGACGAGCGCGAGAUCGAGGAGGCGCGCGACGUCAAGGAAGCCGCGGUCGUGGUCGGCGCCAAGACCGCGGGCGCCACGGAGGUCAGGAGCGGCAGCGGCGGGGCGAAGGGCGAGACGCCGGCGAUCGACGGGGAACGGUUCGAUCAGGCGGUUGCAGAGGCGGAGGAUAUCCUCGCCAAGGAGGAGGCGGCGCGGGUCGAGGCCCAGAAGGCGCGCUGA